AACGAAAGUAGCCGCCCAACUCGGACGGUCCAGCCAGCCGAAGCAAACAAGAAAUCAUUCGUUCAAGACAAGCCAGCCUCUGACGAUAAUUCCGACUUCUCAAAAGACAUGACAGGAGUGACGAGCGCAGGGAACAGCGAUUUGACUUCAGGCAAUCAGUCGUCUGACGGGGACAAGCGCGAAAGGAUGGCUGACGAUCCGUGCGUGCCUAAAAUCGACACUGGCUACAACUAUCCCUCAAAAUGCGACAAUCGAACGCUGCUUCGACGGAUGUUCACGUGCGGAGUUAGCAUGCACGAAUUUAUACUGCACGGUCAAGACCCCUGCAAGUGCUUUAUGAACUAUCGUGAGUGCGUCCGGAAAGCAAGGACAGAGCUUAAGUGCGAUGGUGGUGAUGAAAAGGAUGACCCCAUCCUCGUCACAGUGAAGUUAAUCGAGAGCUUGAUGCUCACCUGGUACCAAAACCCAUGCGCCGUUUACUCGAAUUCAACCCAAGCAGCACGAUCAAGCCUUGUAAGCAGUGUUGCGAGCAUUUGUGAUGUGCGGAAGGGAUCAAUCGCAUCGGUCGUCUGCUACGCAACUUACCUAGCCAUGACUGAUCUGAAGACGCCAGCACCCUGGACGAACUAUAAGGACGCUUGCAGCGCUGUCGUCGACGUUCAUAGAUGCUUGGCGGCCGCGGAGCAUACAAGCAACUGUACCAACACUGAAUUCACGGGUCAUUCAAGGAAGUUUCUUCAGGUUAUCACGUCUGGAAAAGAUCUACAAUGCCCAGGAGACACCGCUUUACCUAAUGUGCAAGCAUUAUCUGCAUACGUGAAGCCCGGAUGCAUGCGCAGCAAAGCUCUAAAGAGAGCCCUGCGCUGUUCAUUAAGCUUCCAAGACAUGGCUGACACGGAGCACGAGUUCAGUCCUUCGCAGGCUGUGCCAUGCGGACACGUUUCUCGGCUCCACACGUGCCUUGAAGAUUCCGUAGAAGGCACCGGCUGUUAUGGCGACAUCAACGUACACUCGGAAAUCAAGCUGUACAAGAAAGUGCUUGAAGACGCCUACGACGUCCGGUGCCUCGUGGAAGGGCACCCAGAGACAAACCUUGGUGCAAAAAGCAAGCAACACAUACUAAGACCUCAUGCUAAAAGCAUCUACAAUCAAGCGUCCGGCUCCAGUGGGCUCCGAAGCUGGCGCAUUGAUCUGGGCCUCUACGAUAAAAACAGCGAUAACGUGGGCUACUACUACGACGACUCGGCGGAAGGACGCAAGCCGGUUUUCGCUGGUCCCAGGAUCAUAGCGAUGCACCCCGACGACGCCGAGUAUAACGACUACGACCGGUCGGACACUCUUUACCAGAAGGCGCACGAAUCGAACGCCCCGAAUGGUUGGCGGCCGCUGGCGAUGCGCCUCGAAGAACACGCUUCCACGGCUUCCAAGGUGGCGGACGCAGCGGCAGUCAACGCGGCUUCCAAGGUCGCGGACGCAGCGGCAGUCAACAGCUCGUCGAACGACACUUCACCCCAGACGCUACUGCAGUUCUUCAAGCCAGACAACGCCCUAGAAAAUAUGCCGAGGUCCCGCUCCGGAGAGCUCCAGAAGGUCGAACAGAUUGCCAAGAAACCUCGCGGAAAGAAGGCAACCGGUGAAGAUGACUACUUCUUCGGUAACGACUACGUCGAAAAUUCGGAGCUUGCCAUGUUUCCCAACGGUCUCGACAUGUUCCGCCACUUCAGGGGAGGGGCGCUGGCCAAGAUGGAGCCCGUCGUAGCUGGUAACAAGUCUGAGCUAGGCACCAAUGACUGUCCCGUCGAGAAGAUCAAGCUGGCGCUCGGUCUCUGCAAUGCGACCUUGAGGGGACUUCUACUCCGUUGGCCGAACGUCAGCGAUGUGGGUCUGCCGCUAGACGGCAGUAGCGCAGGAGUUAAGCAGUUCUGCAGCGACCUGAACUCCUACAGGGGGUGCUUGGCCGCGGUCCUGAAGGCUUACAACUGCAGCCACAUGCAGGCAAUCAAUGGAGUCUUCGAGGCGUACAGAAAGAAGAUGCGGCUCCCCUACUGCGCCUCGUCCGGCACGUGGACCCGCGCAACUGUGCUCACUUUGUUUUUCGGCCUGCUGGCAAAUGUUGUGAGGCGACACGUAUAAUGAUUAGGUCCACGAAGGAAUUAAA